UCUACACCCUCAUUUGUCCUUGAUAUCUCCCCUCUAUGCCCCGCGACGGUGCGCACGGCGUGAAAAUGAAGCUCGGGGUUGAAGGUGGCGCUCAUCGCGGCACCACAAGUCUUCAAAGUGCAAGCCAGAUACUGGCAACUCGCAAUGAUGACGCACAGCUGCCUGAGAACCUGAGGAGACAUGCUAAGACAUUCUGUCUUUCCACCGGGUUGGAAGGGCUUGACAAGUCUUUGGGGCUCUGGAAGUCUCCAUCAAGCGCUAGAGUGGGUCUCGCACCAGGCUCAGUUCUCGAGGUCAUUGGACCCAAAGGGUCAGGGAAAUCCAGUCUGGCUGCAGACAUUGCCGCACGAUGGGCGCUCUCUGCAGCAGAGGUUGACACAAAUGGAGCCGAAACACAGCCGUUAGUCUAUGUCAUUAAUACAGAGGGCGCUUUAGACUGUGAGAAGCUCGUCGCAGCGAUCGAGGCGCAACAAGUUCAGGUAUCUGCUGCAGAAGGUAGCAUGCAGUCUUUAACGGUUGGUGUCUCGCCUCCCAGAGAUGCAUGCGAAUUAGCAAUGAAGCGAAUCAGGUAUGCUCGUUGCACCAGCCUCGUUCAAUUUGUCGCAAUAUUACGCCUCUUCAGCAGCCCGCAUUUCGACUUUGACAUCUCGCGCCACCCUUUUCCGGCCCUCAUCGAUAAUCCUACGCAAUGUCUCAUCGUUGUAGACUCAAUAGCAGAGUUUCUCCGAGCCAGUUGCAUUACCGAUGACCAAAAGAAACAAAGGCGGACACUCAUGAAGCUUCUGGGCGAGUUCGGAAACACGACACGUACUAGGGGAGCGACUGCAGUCGUCACGAACAGCAUGGCGUUCAAGCUAGUGAAAGAUUCGACAUCGCUUCGCGACGGACGAAGAGGUGUGUUGGUUCCGCAAGUCAAUGUCAUUAGAGACACGCAACAGGAUCAAGGAUACCUCGUGGGGCUCCAAAGACGAGGCUCGCGCCAAGGAUCAGGCGACGGCGCCGAGAUCCGAAAGUGGGAAAGUGCGCUUGGAAGGGACGCCUGCCGCGUGCUCCUUCGCUGGUCAGAGUAUCCUGCCUGUGUCAGGUGAGUCAGCCUGCUAAUCCGCAAGGCCGGCAAGGGCCUGCAAUUGACCAGCACGGUUGUGCUCCAGAGUCGCACAUAUCCUUCCCCCUCCUUCCUCAUCCAAGACGCGGAUCUCGGAUACACCAACCACACCUCCAGUUUUUUUCUGCAUCAAAGAUGGCCGCAUAGAAGCUAUAAGCGGUAUUACUAUGCAAGAAACGCUACUGUAGUUAGAGUGAUACAUAGCAGACCUAGGAGAUAGCCAUUCAUUAUGUAGCAAAUAAUCCAAUUGUAGCAUAUUCUCGUCCACAUCAAUCAGCA